CCCGUCACCCACCCCCCCUCCCCAUUCCCUCUCUCUCCCCACCUUCCCUUCCGAUUGUAUUUGACAGACGCCCACGCAGAGAGCGAGACGCACGCAGAGACGGACGGACAGACAGACAGACAGACAGAGAGAGGGCUCCUCCCAAUUCCGCCCGCGGCCUCCGUCGAUCGAUCCACCCAUCCGCCGAGAGUGGGAUCGGAGAGCGGCAGCUCCGCCCUCCCCUGCCGCGGCGGCAACCGACUGAUGCAAAAUGGUAACUGUACAUGGAUUUGCCAAUGGUACUAAUGAUGGCACUGCCAACAGGAAGAUUAAGCGCCUUUUUAACUCAUCAGAGAGGAAGAACCCCACCAAUUUCCAAUUUGAGCGUCAUGUAGCUCGUCUUGAAUCUAGACAGCAGCAGCAACCCAGGCGGUGUAUCUUCACGACGAUCUUACCGAUUGAGUUCUUCCACACCUCAUCUGAACCUACAUCUCCAGAAGAUAGCCUUGGCCCGUCAUCCUCCUCGCCAUCAAUUAUUUUCUUGCAUUUUAGUGUGGCAGAUGAACCUCUCAGAAAAUAUUCAUCUAAUCAAAGGCUGCUGGCAGAGCGAUCCACAUCAUCCAAUAGUAUGUCCAAUUCAGGUUUCUCAGACAAUACCUCUACCAAGACAAGGGUGGAUGCAAGGCAUACUACAAGAAGGAAGAGCAAAAAGAAAAACAAGAAGCAGAAGAAACACUUCAAAAAGCCAGCUGAUGGAUCUGAAAUUACAUGCGCAGAGAGCAACGGCUCUACCCCUUCAGUCGAUAUGGUUGAUUCUUGUGAAGGUUCGACACUUUCACCUAAGCAUGUUGGUGAUAUACUGUUUGAGGAAACCUUUUCUCCUAGUUCUUCGGUGAAAGAAGCCUCUGAAAAGGCUCCUGACAGUGAAAAUGAUAAUGAGUACAAUGGCUGUUCAGUUGCUUCUGUUUCAAGUGCGUCUUACUCUGAUGAGACAGAACUGUCUAGACCAACUACAUCAGGCCUGGAAUUGUUUGGACAAUGUAACAGCAGUGACUGCAGAUGCUUGGAUGAUACUCCAAAUUGUGACCUGAUGGAUUCAUCUCAAGAGCUUCAUUAUGCUAGCAGGAGUGGGAACUGUAGUGAUAUGACCAAGGCACUGUUCAGAAAUGAUUGUGUACAUGAUCCAUGUGAAACAGCAGAAUUUUGCAGCUCUAGUGAUGGAGUUGAUGAUAGUUGGCUAGAGAAUUCCAACUGCAGUAGUAGCUUUUGUUCUGAAAAUGGCAGCAGAGGCAGUGAUUUUCAUCUAGUAAUUUCGAGAAAGAGAGCCAGAAAAGAGAGGAAAAUGUCAAUGUGGAAGAGCUUUAAUGGGGAGCAUGCAUCUGCUGUUACGCAUGGCCCAAAUGAAAAAUAUACUGGCCGCUCUUCUAGGCAGAUGAUUAAGGAACUCAACACUAAGGAGUGGUCACAUAGACCAGAUCAUGUUGGUAGCAUACAGCCUCAGCAUGGGGUUGCGUUGAAACGCUCCAUCAAGAAUUUCAUCCAUAGGAGGAGUAACGAAGUUCCACUUCAGUUCUUUGAAUCAGGAGCAAGUCACAAUCAUUUUACAAGUCCAAAAGAAAACAUCAAUAGCAAAUCAAAUGGUGAUUUUGACAAAGAGCAGAACAUUGAUUUAAACAAAAGGCUACCCAAUGCUGUGUACUGCAGUGAGUCAAGUUCUUGUGAGAUGUUAUCAAAUUCAGCUUCUGAACCUACAACUUCCGAGUCUGCGCAGGACAACUGUACUUCAGAAUCUGGUGAAUCAACAGAUCAUAUUGUAGGAGAUUUUCCCAUGCAGAAAACAGGAUUACAAGGUUCAUUCCAAGCCAAUGAUGUGACAGGUUCUGGACCACCAUCACCUGAUCCUAAGUCCACUCAGACUGACUUAGUGAUUGGAUGCGGUGUAACUCCUUUUGUUGAAGGGAAUCACAGAUUAGGAAAGUUUUGCAGUUCUGAAAUGCAUCUAAUUGAGAUGAUCAAGGUUGUUAAUGAUGCCUAUGAGGUGCAAGUUGCUGCAGAUGCCUACAUGUCUGCUGGUUAUCCGAUUACUGAUCUCGAGACAUUUAUAUACUCUGCAACUCCAGUCAUUGGUCAUGUUCCUUGUGUGAAAAACAGAAACUGUUCACAGGAUCAAGUUGUCAGGAACUCAGCUUAUCAGCAGUACAUGUCUAAUAUUAACCUAAGGAAUAUAUGGGAAUGGUAUGAAGAGCCAGGGUGCUAUGGGUUGGAAGUAAGAGAUCUCAAUGAUCUCAGUUCCUUGACAUCACACCACAAGAGUUCAGAGUUCUGUGCAUAUUUUGUACCUUACCUGUCUGCUAUUCAGUUGUUUGGGUGGUCUACGAAGAAUAUGGAUAAUGGUUUUGAUGUACAAGAGGGACAUUUGUUGGGGGCAUCGAAUACCACAAGCGUUUUGAGUUCUCAACCUGUGCCUGCGAAACUGCAUAAACCAUUUGAGCAAAGUAACACAUCCUUUUCAGAAUCAUCUUCUUCUGCGCAUGCUCAUGGAGAACUCAUUUUUGAAUACUUCGAAACAGAGCAGCCUUCUUUUCGACCUCCGUUGUUUGAAAAAAUCAAGGAGCUUAGCUGCCUAAAUGUAUCUGGUGACUCUGAAAAGCUACAAAAUGUGAAAUUACGUGAGCUGCAUCCGGCUUCUUGGUACUGUGUUGCUUGGUAUCCUGUUUAUCGCGUACCUCAUGGGAACUUCCGUGCAUCAUUCUUGACAUACCAUUCACUGGGUAAACUGGUUCCACAAAUAUGCUCCCCAGAUUCUAGUGGUGGUCAGGACACCCGAAUAGUUUGCCCGGCUGUUGGUCUGCAGAGUUACAAUGACAAGGGUGAGCAAUGGUUUGAGCUGAGAUGUCGAGAUUCCUCGAAGCCCAGUUGCGCUGAAGUUGUGGAGGAGAGGCUGAGGACACUGAAGCGAGGUGCAUUCGCGAUGGCAAGGGCUGUCAUUCCUAGGGGAUCCGAGGAGUCGUCUGCGAACCACCAUCCAGAUUAUGAGUUUUUCCUGUCCCGGUCUACCUAGGCGGCUAUGCUACAUCCUGGAGAAGACUAUGUUCCUUUGCCUGCUAACGCGCCGCAAGAAUCCCAUGAAGAAAUUUACAAAAAAAUUAGAGCAUAAUAGAUAUGACAUUCCACUAACCAGUGGUCGGCAGUAGUUUACCCUAGAAAGAAGAGGAGAAGAGAAGGGAAGGGAGGGGAUACUAUAUAAGUGACAUUCUAACCUACUAGACACCUGAUGAUGCAAACAGGGUUGAGUUUUAGACCUUGAAUGUUGUACAAGUGUGCCAAGGAGAUCAAGAGUUUGGCAACAUUUUCGUUUUACAGAUCAUGCAGGUAGGCAGGCAGGCUGGUUCUGCUUCUGCAGGUGCUUUUUUUGUACAGACAGAAAAAUGAGAGCAAGAUGAGAUUUGCUACUCAAUCUUUUUCCAAUGGCGAUGAAAUGCGGAACUAGUAUUUCUCUCUA